CAUAAGACCUGGGUGGGCGCCCUUUCGUUAUUACUCAUUAUAGUCACAAAAAUAUGCGACUCACACCUGUCAAUUGUUGAAUUAAAAAGAAGUAACGAAAUUAGAGCAGGCGGAAACUACCUACCUACGUCUGCACUGGUUAACCUACGACAAGAUCAGACAACAUCACUUUUUUUGGCACUCAAGCGCAGAGAGGACCCAGCAUGGCCGACGAAAAAAAGUCCAGACAUUCGUGGAAUCCCUUCUCCAGCCACGGGCGCACAAGUCCUCAACCGCCACGACCUCUGUCGCAGGGAGAGCCAUCUUCACAAGGAUCCGCAGCACCAGCUUCGUCAUCGUCCGACCCCACCAAGGGACCAUGGCAGCCCGAGCAGCACCUACAACCGCCGCCAUCGUUCCAAGAAUCACAGGCGUAUGCCGCACCACCACCACCGCCGACGGCCGCCGCCGCGGGGUCUUCGUCCGCGGCGCCGGUUUUCCGCUCGCAGUUCGCCUGCGUCACCCUAAACAUGUUUGACCGCAUCCGGCUCAUCAACUUUCCGCCGGACGAGGUCAACGCGGUGCGCGACGUGGUGACCCGCGUGUGGCCAGAGGGCAUCAAGGACGUGCGCCCCUACGGCGGCGCGACCGAGAUCAAGUGCCGGGGGUGGCCGUUUUCGUCGGGACAGUUCAACGGAGACGACAACUCGCGGCGCAUGAUCCUGCGCAUCGUCAAUGUGCUCUUCGACAUGGGGUGGGUUUUGCAGACGACGUUGGAUAUGAGCAACAAGGAAUAUGACAAAGACGCUCUGUUCUUCAGAAGGCAAUCACCGCCACCGCCACCCUGCGACUGGAUAAUCAUGUCGUUUGACACGUACAGCAAAACCAAGGUGAUUGGAGACCUGCCGCCGGAGCUGGCCUCGGGGCUGAUGCAGGUCUUUCAAGCCACGGGCAACCUCAAGCGUCACGAGUUCGCGGGCGACAGGCUAAAGAUACACCUCCACGGCUACCCUUGGGCGGCCGACGGCCAGGCCACCGUCGCGACGCGCAUGACGAUCAUCAGGGUCCUCGAGUGCAUGGAGGCGUUUGGGUUCAGCGUCUACACGAGCUUGGACAUGACGUGCGGCCAGGAGGGGAGGGAGACGGACGUCAUGAUCUGCUGUCGGCAGAAGGGGUGGGUGCAAGGGCAGCCGGUCUGGCAUCGGUAGAGGCGGUUCGCGUAGUAGUGAUUUUCUGGUCGUGGUCACGAUAGCAAAGCCCAAUGUACAUGUGAUUGCUACCUACCCUAUGCGCCAAGUUGAGAUGGAGGCCUGCGUACCUACAAAGGUCCUGUCGAUCGGAAGCCCUACACCCAUUGUCGAUACCUGACUGUCGCGCGCGGCGCUGCUGACGUUCAAACCGGCAUUAAGGCUUCCAGAGUCUCUUCCCGCUAUAAUUAUAAAACACGCCGUUUUGCUACCCAUAGAUAGGUCGAGAACAAACACAUGCACAUACACCCACACACUCACACAUCUUGGCUCAGAUGGCCCUUUUUCGAGAAUUUGCUGGUGGCGGUGGUGGACGGGCUUCCGGUCCUGUUCGUCUGGUCCUUCAUCGGGAUCAUGAUGGACGAGAAACAAGGGUCGAUAACGGUGUUUCGCAACACCAAGGAGAUCUUGACGGGGGUUUCGGCCCCUUGCGGCGAUCCUUGCGGAGAGCUUAGGUUUCCUGCCAAAGGGCUUUGCAACAUCAUGGGGAAGCGGUCUUGGAUCUAUUUGAGUUUUGCUAGCGUUAUGCAGCAGCAGAACAAGCUGAGAUGCUUUCACAGAUUCAAUCAACUCAAGGUUCCGGCCCUGUUCCACGAUAUCGUGUAUUCAUUUGUUUUAUCGCUUGAGACGGAUCCAUGGUGACCGCUGCAGGGAGAAUUGUCUGUCUCGGUAUUGUAGCCUAUUUGUUUUUAGAUUCUUUAUCGACCUUGUUUCCUUGA